AUGCUCGAGUACAUUGAUGAGACAUGGAAGCAGCUGGCACUCCUUCCACAGGACACCUACGACAGGGCCAAAGCGCAUUUCUGGGCCAAAUUUGUAGAUGCUAAGUGCGUGCCAACAAUUAUGAGCGUCAUCACCCAGAAAGGAGAGGAUCAACAGAGGGCCACAAAAGAAGCUCAACAAAAUUUGAAGAUCCUGGAAGGAGAAUUGGAGAGGAAGCUAUUCUUAGGAGGCGACACUAUCAACAUUGCGGACAUCGCUGCUGGCUCAAUGUGGUAUUGUGUUAAGAGUGGUGGAAUCACACAGGGAUAA